AUGAAAGCUGUUGUAAUCAUGAAGAAACUGCUUCUCAAUGCCGCCUGUGGAAACCCUGCCGAAGGUAGGCCAUAUUUAGAUAUUAUGUGAUGUCCAACGUACUUCACAAAUGUAUUUUUAACUAGUAUUAAAAUACUAGUUAAAGGUUAAAAAAGUUAGAAAGAUUGACAGAGGUGAAGUUUAAUUGACAUGCAUCAAGCAAAGGGAAAAGGCUUAAAUACAUCCCACUUCCAUCCCACUUCCAUCCCGCUUUUCACUUUUUUUUACUUUUUCAUUAAUAUUUCUGUUGCAACAUGGGUCCCUGUCGCAAAUUGCUAGAAUUCUAGCCUUGCAUAUCUUGAGGGCAUAUUUUUUUGUUGUUGUUGGGAGAAUCUUUUAAAAAAAUCAAAAUCUGAAAACUUCUAUCUUUUAUGCAAUACUGCGACGAUGCUGUCGAGAGUCUUCAGAAUUAGAAAUACGCUUCUACCAAUUAAGAUAAUUUUCUAAGUUAUCAUGCGGUCAUUUACUUUCAUAAAGAAGAAUAUGAUAUACUUGACCAAGAGUGUGCUUGUUAUUAGUGUAAUAGUAUUAAUAAUAUCUAUAACAGAAUCGAUAAAGAGACAAGCUAAGAUGUGCCUUUAAGAUCAAUUUUCAUUUGCUCUAGACGGCUCAUGAUGUUAAAGGUGCCCCUUCCCCUUUUUGGCUCCUUUUCAUUGUCUUUUUCGAUUACUUUAUUUAUAUUCAACGUAUUUCAAUGUAUUUCUCGCUCAUCUCUCUCUCCAGUGAUGCCGCUUAAUCAUGAUUUCAUUUAUUCUUUCCAGGGUUAGUCAAAGAAGGAGUAGGAUUAAUGUUAUAUGAUCCUGAAAAGCCCUUUGAAGUUCUCAUGAAGAAAAUACUUCCGUUCCUCUUAAAACCGAGAGAGUGCAGAAAAGGUACGAAUAUGAUUGCCCGUAAAAUAAUAAUGCUAUGCUACUCCAUAUAUAUCAUGGUGACUGUUGGUUAACUUAACAUUUAAAUUUAUCACCAGAUAAAAAGACGGCGCCUUAUUGUGUACGUGAAAUUAAAGUAAAACUGAUCGGCAACUUAACAGAGCAAACAUUCUUUCCACUGAACAAAGUCAAAAGCUUUCUAUCAGGGCGUAGGUCUAGGGCUAUUUGAACGGCUCAGUAGAACAAGCAAUAUGGAGAGCUCCUCUGUCAAGUUGAUAACAGGAAACAUAAUCAUGCGAAUAUACGAGAUUUUCCGGAAGUUUCGAUAGGCUUAGAAAUUAUGACAUCACCUUCAAAUAACUUGAUCCCGUACCCAUAGCUAGCUUGUCUUCAUCAAGAGCCAUAAUGCAUUUCCACAAGAUUGUAGAUAUCUUUACACAAAGAGAAAAAAAGUAUCGUUAAUUACGUUCUGCUCCUUUGUAGGCUGUAACUAGUCGGGAGACUAUUUUUCAAAAGAUCGUAAGGGGAAUCAGGUUGAAACUCCUUAUUUUUCUCAUUGCAUUCAUUCGUUUGAUUUAACAGGAUUAACUGAAAAAGGUUACCAGACAAUCAACAAGAGAGUCACCAAUCUAUUGCUGAAGGCUCCGUAUCCUUGUCAAGACGGUAUGUAAGGGGCUGUCCACGCUUAGUGCCCGGGAACCAGUGUCUGAAAAAACGGAAUGCAAACAGCAUGCCCUCUUUUGUGUCCAAGUACAAGGUCGAGACCUUGUACUUGGGCACCGGCACCAUGCCCGAAUUCUAGUGGGUACAUAAAAAGGGGCGUGUUCACAUUAGUGUCUAGCAAGUACCCUACGUGGCUACCAUGCCCCAGUAUUAAGUUUUAACGCUGCCUAAGUCAAUCGUUACAUCUAACGAAACCUCGCUCUUCAGGUUAAUAUCGCAAUUUUCGUUUAAAAAAAAAAAAAGAUGCAAAAGUAAAUAACGAGGAAAAAAGAAUCCGUUAAACUUAAUUUAAAUGUUUCAUAAAUGUUUAGGUUUAUUAAUCAAGGUGAACUAAAUACAUUAAUUUCUCAAACUUUUUAUACCCGUUUUGUAGUUCCUAUUGUGAGGAGGAAUGUCCAGGCAGCUUUAGCGGUAGGUUAACGUUUUGACAAAUGACACAAAAUAACAUUUAAUCAAUCAAAUUUCUUGAUGCCGACUAAUAUGUCCAUCACUGUUGAUUGAAAAUCCCCCUUUUCCCUGCCUUUAUGCCGUUGCCCCACUACUCGCUCAAUAGCAAAUGAGCACUGAAGUAUUUAUUAUUUUGUGCAAGUGUAUGUUUGUGUCAUGGCUAAUUAUAAGUGACGUGCAACACAAAUAUUUAAUGUCUCGAUAGUGAAAAGGACCAUGAAUGGAAAGGCGCUCAGAUAGCUAAGGAAUUUCCUGGGAGGAAGCUUUUAGGGAGUUUUGAGAGAGGGGCCCAAUGAAAAAUCGUUGUGAGGUACAAUUUCUCAAUCAUGCUCCUGCAUGUAUCCGCAGGGCCAAGCAGUGAUGAAGAACAUCUCAGUGCUUCAUUCCGUUUAUGGAAAACGUAUUGGCGGUGAGUGGACCGAUAGGGUAUACGUAGUUAAAAUACUUUCGACUACUUUCUUGUUUGCGUUUUGUUUGUCCCUUUUUAUUAUUUAGUUUGUUUAGUUUAAUCUAAAGUCAAGAGCAUUAAACACCUCGGCUAGUUUAGAAAAAAUCCUUCCAAGUUUUCUAACCAAUUCAGCGAUACCGCAUAAUUAUCCAACUCUACUUUAAAAUAAUAUAUGCAAGUUAUAUUUAAAGUAUUUUUAUAGGUAAAAUUUGUCAAAAACUUUCCUGUAACAUUUUAAUUACAGACUACCUUAAAAUCUACAUAAUGGGCAUCCACCGCCAAUCACUAGUGUCAGCUCGUUAGUGUCUUCUAAGACUUUCCCGGCCUUUUCAGAUGUACAUCUUAACUAUAUCGCUACACUGCUUUUUAUAGUUCUUCAGCCGGCGGUAAGACUUUGGCUGGAAUCAUGUUUUUUUAGAUGUCAGGCCAAUGUCUUGCGUAUACCUUAAUGGAAGGUUUAUACAGUAAACAGUUUAGAUUUAGAUCUACAGUCGAUGAGACAUCGUCCUCAGAUGUGGUAACUUCGGAGAACAAAAGAAUCUACGCCCCUUCCCUCUCCCCUCCAUUUUAAGUUGGGGUGUUUGUUGUACAGGUGGCUCGAACAGCAGCACAACAAUGCAUGGAGGGGGUGGGGGAGGAAAAGCUUUAUUUUCCCAUUUUUGGGCAAAACGUUUGGAGACACCCUUUAGGGCAAAGCGUCUCAAUUAAUUUUGUGGACGAUUGUAGGUUAAGUAUAAUUUUGCGGUCGAACCUCCAGUAACGGCCACAUCACUACAACGGCCAUUUUUUUUGUCGGACAGUGCAUGCAUUGACUCUUGUUUCAAACCUCUCUACAAUUAAUGGCCACUUUCUUCUGUCCCCAAUGUGACCUUUGUAGAGAGGUUCAACUGUACUUUUUUAUUCGUGUUUGCAGUUGCCGUUGGAAAAGUCAUUAAGCUAAUGCAACAUGGCUACGAAGAUGACGCUUUUGAAUUGCUUGGUGAACAGGAGUUUGGAUUUCUCAGAGAAGCGUUCCUCAUUGGUCUGGCUAUCAACAAAAGGGAUCCAGGAAUCAUCCAGCACGAUGCUCCUUCUCCAGCCGAAUUGCUGAAAUACCUGGAAAAAGAGAGUAACCUGCGUAGAAGCAAGUGAUGACAAGUCAAGGUUUGUACACUGAAAGGCAAUAUUGAAAAUAUAUAUUGAAUAAUAAAUCGCACUCAUCAACUGUGGAAACUGCAGUCUUCAAGUGGAUUUCCAUAAGUUUAAACUGCGUAGUAUCUGCCGAGGGACGUUUUGAACCUCGAUAAGUAAGAGGUUUUUUUUAUUGAUUUUUUUUGUUCCCCGUUCUCUAAUGCCAUCGUUUUUUAUAUAAGUUCAACAGGUAACUAGGUAACUGUAGUGGGAAAAACAAGACAAACGUUUUAAUUAAAUUAACGCCAGUACGCCAGUUUAGUUUACAAGUAGAACUCACUGCCGUCAACAAAAUCUCCUGGGUCGGGUUGUUCAAAGCUGGAUUAAGCGGAUUGUACCAGUAGGGCCUUGUGCAAAAUUUGAUGAUUAGGCGCUCUAAAAAGAGCACGGAAAAUUAUCCAAGACAGUGUUUUUGAACUAUGGAAAAAGAAAAACAGACACGGUGGGGCCAAACCACCCCUCAAAUGUUGCAUUUAGACUGUUUUUGGAUUUUUUGGUAAGUCUUGCACCAAACUUUACAGGUAGCCUUCGAAAAGUAAGCUCAUAAAUUUACGCCGUUUUUUGACGUGUGAUGUCAAAUUUUGACGUCAUAAUCUAUGACGUCACAAAAAUGGUUGUGAUCAAAUUCGGAAAUGUACAAGAAUAGCUAUAUCAUGUGAAAGGGCUUUACAUGGACAGUAAAAUACUGAAAACACUAUCUCGCUACGACAAAUAGAACAAAAGUUAUGACAGUUUAAAGACUAUUUAGUUCCCCCCCCCGGAACCAUACUGUUCUUCUAAAUAAGACUGCUCCGAUCUAAUUUUUCCAUUUUUGCCCCAAAUAAAGUGAUAUUCUAGUAAAGUAAACCUUUCAACGCUCCAAAAAAUCGUAUCAUUUUAGAUUUUUGAAUUUGGACUUUAAAACGCUGAUCUAAACACAACAAAAAUGGUCACGUGAUUUUGGUAUGACGUAAAUAAACUGUUUUUGUUGUUCUAGCAGGUGUAAGCAUCCUCUCACAUACCCUUUUUCUUGUCUUUUAGCUUCGGGCAAUAAAGAGUGUCAAUGUAAAACUUCAAUUUUUGUGCAAAAAGAACACUAAAGUACUUAAAUUUAUGAUUUUUGCGAAAAGGGGGGAACUCUUUCCAGCCUGUGAAUAAUUAUCAAAUUCAAAACGUCAUAUCUCAGCAAGCUUUUAAGCUAUAUAAAAAAUUUUUGCAACCUUCUUCUAUGCUUGACGAGAUCUUUUUAAAACGCGAUAAAAAAGUGGAAGAUUCAAAACUCUAAAAUUUAAUUAUCAAUGACGUCAUCAAUUAUGACGUCACAAUUUAACAUGAAUUGUUGUAGUGCACACCAAUUUGAUUGGCUCGUUCUUUUAGAAUUAGCGGCCAAGUCUCGUACACAAAGAACAAAUACAAACAAAGUUAUUGUGGAUUGACCAAAAAACCCACGUUUUUGUCGCACAUUCGAGGGGUGGUUUGGCCCCACCGUGAGAUUAAAAUUUAACCCUGGGCUAUCGCUAAUCGGCCUUCAAAUAACUGGGCCCUGGCCUGUAUCGUGGCCCGGACCAUCGCCGAAGAACCUUUCAUCUUCCCUCUCUCCGUCGGUCGGUAAUGCGUGUAUUAAUGUUGUGUUCCACCCUUCACUCGUAAAUCUAUCUUGUUUUUUUUAUGCCUUAUUUUUUACAGGAUCGGGAAUACACAAAGUUUGUCUUUCAGACGCAGCCUUUUUGCUUUGAACGCGUAUAUUGACUGGAGUGGACGCUAAUGACUGUGAGGGAAGAUCAGAGUUUUUAAAUAGUUCAUCCUAGUAUUCCGCAGCGUAAUUCCCCAUGAAGUAAAUUGAGGAAGCUUUCUUCGUCAUCACAUUAUCAUCAAUAGAUUUAAUGUAAUUUUUUUCAUCAACUUUGAAUAAAAAGAAUGCGUUAUAAAGGUAUAAUCUAGUAGCUUGUUCGUUUUUAUUGACAAUGAAACUACAGAGUUUUUUCUACUUGGGAUUUACUAUUUGGCUAAUAAAUAGACAUGUGGGCUAAUGUAGAUUGCAUCUAGGUAUGCGAAUCACCAAGGACAAAUCAAAUUGGGCUGGGAAAUAUAUGGUUAAAAUCAGAUGAAAAUAAGAUGGCGGCCAUAACUAAUACGACCUGAUAUGCUAGCACAUGAACCUUUGGCCACGCGAAAGAGAAAGAUAGCACGGUAAAGCACAUGCAAUUUCUUGCAUUAAGAGCCAACACGAUGGCUUUUUCGAAAACGUUUGUUUUUCGUGAACUUACCGCGGAUAAAGUGGUCGUUCAUAAACCGCAUGACAAUAAACGCAUUUUUGUCAGAAAAAAAACCGCAUUAUGUUUUAAGGAGUAUAAGUGAUGAGACGUUUAUUUUUCUUAGUGGCGAAGGUGUUCCAUGAAAACGUGAACAGCUUUUGCGCGCUUUUCUAAAAGCAUACGUGAUUGGAUGACCUCUCGGGUUGGAUUAUGACAUUUACUUUUGACGCAAAGAGACCCGAUGAAAAGCUUAGCUACUUGGAGUUGUUAUAAAAGAUUUCGAUGUAACUAGAUAUAGUACAGUGCGAGCAAGAUCAAAAACUGAGAGUAUGUUCACACUAUUACCGUAUAGCUUUAACGCCGCCGCGAAAAUCAUUCCGCUUCUGUUCACAUACAAGAACGGCUGUGACCACGCGAUUUCUGUGACGGAGCGAAAAUGCUCCGCAACGAAAGUGGAGCGUCACAUACCGGAUAGGUUUUGCGCCAUACUUUAGGAGUCAGGGCCCGGUUGGAUAAAACCUACACUUAAGUGCCCACUUAAGUAGGUCACUUACAAAUCCGUUAUGGGUACACUUACGUGUGUUGCAUGGAACGCACUUAGCACUCUCGUAAGUUUCUGUUUUACGUGGUAAUUUACCGGCUCACUUAAAGGCACACGUAACUUUGAUAUAGUACUUUAUUAAUGACUCACUCUGUUUUUUUUUUUUUAAGCUAACCAUCCGUGAGUGUAAAGAAAGUUUUAAGUCGUUUCUAACACUUUUAAGCCUCGCAAAAAAAAUGAAAUUUGCGUGCAAACGUUAUUUUUCUUUAAUAUCUACUGAAAAUGAUAGUUCUUCUUCUUUUUUCACAACGUCGGCUUUAAAGUGUACAUCAGAGGUUAACAAAGCACAUUAGAACGAAUAACGUGAAGAAAAAUACUUUUUUUCACUUCUCAGUAAAAGAUCUCGUUAACUUCAGUAAAAACAGUAACGAUACGGGACCUACAUAAGUCCUGUAAAUUUACGUUCUAUUUUUCCCGGAAAAAAGGUUUUAUGCAACACCCGCAUUUUUCUGUUGCAUAAACGACACUUAAAUGAACAUUUACAAAAAUCAUAAGUGCAACCACUUAAACUGAAUUCCCCAAGUGGACCACUUAAGUAAUUUAACGCAACUGACUUAAGUUACGAGUGCACGUACCCGUAGUUGUUACGGGCGUUUUAUGCAACCGGGCCCAGUACUGUAAUUUAGUACACCAAACCCUCUCUGCCAACCGCGCCACGCUGUUCGAUGUCUGUGAACAACUUCUGCCACCCCCAGCUGUUGUUGUUCAUGCUAUACCGGGUAGAUUUUCAUGGCGCCAUGAAAAGCUAUCCAGUAUAGGUGGUUUUCACGUUACGUCAUCGCCGCCAUGCUGGUGGACGGUUAAACAAAAGAUCGCUCAUUAGCUCGCUUGAGUUGCCCACCGGCAUUUGUUCAUUUCACCAUUGUAUUUUGUGUCUCCCGAGAUUCCUUGAAAACCACCUAUAGUAUGAACAUGGCCUGAAGGAAGACCCACGCCCUUUCAACGAGUCGGUCAUUUCAGUUUUGAUCUGUUUUUACAAAAAUUUAAUGUUGAAUUGCCAUCCGCUUCUCUCCUGAGUGUCAGAUAACAGCCCUUCUCUGUUAAAAACAUAUACAAACUAGCUGAUUGUGUUGAACACUUCUAUUACUCUCAAGAGAUGGUUUUAAGUUUUUUCGAACAGCUUCGAAUGGAUUGUGAACGAUGUUGGUCGUCAGUAGACCUUUUCCGAUUGUGCUCGUAAAAUUCUGGAAAGUUGCUCACUGGAAUACCGAAAAGUUGCUAAAAAAUUGCAAAAAAAUGCAAAAAGUUGCUACCUAAAUUUCAAAAGUUGCCACCUAAAUUUCUUGAUAUUUUUAUGUAAACGUUAAUUAAGGGUUUUUUUUUUCGUUCUUUUCAAUAAUUACUAACAUCGGUCAUGAAAAAUAGCUGGAAACUUAAUUUUUGCGAGAAUUUUUGUUAGAACUGCAUAAAGUUUCCAAACGCCAAAAGUUGCUCAAAAGUUGCGGAGCACAAUCGGAAAAGGCCUAUAGUCGUCAGGAAGAAAAAAAAAAUUCUCUUUAUCCUGGGAACUAAACUCUAUUUUGAUGUGGAUUCUUUGAAAAGAAUUUAUUGUAUUUAUUUGACCUCCAACAACAUGUCGCCUUGUCAGUUGGUUGCAAACCAAGAGGUUGCAAAUGAUGAAACCAAGGUAUAAAAGCUAAUUCAUUUUGCUGAAAGACGACGCUAAACAUAUUGUUUAGGCAGUUUUGUAGUUCAUUUCUUUGGGCAUCAACAAUACCACUGAACAAUGAACAGCCCACUGAAUAAAAGCGAAGGAAUUUUUUCCUCAUUACAUCAAACAAAACAUUAAACUGAUCCAAUACCGCAUCUUUUUUUGGAUCAGAUGAUUUAUCGAAUUAGUGGAUAAAAUGUAGAAAACGUAAUUUUGAGACUUGGUACACCUAAUGCAAUAACGCUGUCAUAAUAACAAUAGUAAAAAGAAUCAGAAAAAAACUCAUAGAAUUAAUUGAGGAAAGUUUAAUUUUUUAAGGGAUCUGGUCUGACGAAAGGGUGAAUCUCAAAACGCAUUGGAACUGUACCGAUGUAGGGUACAUUGCGGCUCGAACGCAAAUCAAAUUGAGGUAUUACUCUGUAGCACAAAGCGCUUCAGGGUUAUCAAAAUACCGAAAUGCAAAUUGUUUUAGCUAAUUAGGUCUUUUUGUUUUGCUUCAAUAUAACAGCUUUAUUGUUGAUGUAGAAAACUGUAUUGAAAAUAAAGCAGUUCUGUCACUUCUUUCCGUGUGCCCGGCAAAAUUGUAGUUUCAGUAAUACGGCUUUCAUUUUCAGCACUGAAAGGGAUAACGUUUCUUGCAGGAAUGAAUAAAGACCAAAAAGGACAAAAAGGCUGACUUGCUUUUGUCUUCAACAUAGCAAACUAGCAACCAAACAUUUUUUGAAUACAAAAAAAAUAAUAGUUUCUGAGUCAAUUCUAGAACUCGUUUUUCGAACGAUUAAGCAAGCACUACGAACAUUUAAUUGGCGAAGUAAAUUGACGUACUUUUCGACUAGUUCAGCCUAAAGACGUAAAUUAAAGUGCUACAUAGCAAACAAACUGAAUCAAGUGAACCUAUUGAAAAAUAUUCUACGGUAAAACUAUUUGUUUUAAAAGACAAAGGAAAAGUGUUAGCCGGCUUGUAAAGUUGUUGUGUUCAUUGACGAGGCGCUCUUUAAAUGUCGGUGUUGGUAUCUUUGACAAUUCAAUCGUAAGGCAUAUCUUCGGACCUGGUUCUGGCAACAAACGAAGGAAUUGCAAAUUGAAGAUGUCGCAUUUUCAUCACGGCGACUAAAAAUCGUAAAAAUGGUAAACUACUUUUUCUCGCUUGAUGUACAACACCUUAAAUGGCCGCUUCAUGCUAUUGUUUGCAUAAUCCCUUUGUCCCACAAAAUAAAUUUCCGCAAGACUUUGCAUAUAGGUGCAACGACGACAAUUUUACACACUGCAUUUUACCAAUGUCAAGUAAUAGCGGUCAAUAACAAAAUAUUGACUAAAUUUAGUGAAUCAAAAUUGUAUAAGUACAUGUAAUUUCGUAAGUUAGUAAAACUUCUUAUUUACACAAUUAAGGCUGGCAAAAGGGCAUUCAGGUUCUUUUCUUUGUUCUUUUCUUUUAAUUCUUUUAUUUUCUUACUUUUGUUUAAGCACCCUAAAGACAGGAACUAUUCAGUCAUGGAAUUUUAAGCGCAUUAUAGUUUUUCGGCUUCGACGAAACAAUUGAGAAGAUUAACAAGUUUAAAAUAUCAGUUCUCUCAAUCAAGUUCUGUUUAAAACUUAUUAUUUCAGUUUUAAGAAUUCCAUUUUCCAUCAGCGAACAAAACCGUUGUUGAUGACUUCCUAUAUUCUCAUAGCUUGUAUACACUAUAGUCUCUUGGAAGCUAAGAUAAGAAAUUAAUUUCUGAUCACUGGAAAAUCAAAACAAUCCCAGUCAUUAAGAACGGGUUUAAAAGAGUGCAAAGUUCUUUUAUUACUCAUUCGCACACAGUUAAAAUAGUUGUGAACAUCUCGCUUUUAUGGGCCGGCAAACAAAAAUGAGACCAGCUACUGUGGUUUUUCUUUAUUUCUUCGUUGUUACAGCAAGAGGUAAAUUGAAUGGUUUUCCAGAAACAGCUCUAGAUCUGGAGAACGUACUGCUACAAGGUAAGAAAUUAUGAUUGUGGUUUGUUAAUAAAAUAACCACUCUUUCUGCAACGACCUCAGAAGAGGUUCGCUUUAAACUCAUAAAAAACUGUUUUCGUACACACCUAUAAUUUUGUUCUGCGUUUAUUUGCGCUUUAUAACCAAGUCACAUACGAUGAAAGUGCUUAAGCUAUGAGUCUUUCCCUUAUAAACAAACCUAACGUAAUUAGAUGGCAAAGUUUUUUUUUUUUGCUAUCUUAUCGCCCAUAGCAAAGUUUUGCCGAGCAAAUACUGAAACUAGCUCAGACCAGGCUGGCAGGUCAUCAAAUUAAGUGUUUUUGGAAGUACACUUUUGCAAUUUACCAUUAUUUUCUUUCUCUUCAAACUAAAAAUUUGACUCAGUUUAGGUUGAGAGAGAAGUAAAGUAAUGAUCGUAUCAUUAAUUACUGACUGUAUGACUAUGUCUUGCAUUAUCGUUGAUAGAUUCAAAAUCAGUGGCUAGACCAGCCAACUUUAGAACAGCUGUCUCUACCUUUGGUAAUCUGGUUAGUCGAAGUGCUAAAUACAAGGCCGCUUUACAAGAUGAAGAUGAACACUUUGGCGAUGAUGAAGGAUCUGGAGUGAGCCCAAGCCCCAUAAUUGAAUUAGUCAGCGCAGUAAGUAGCUGUUUUACGAAGAUUAACAAAAACCGUUUUAUUCAUUUUAAGACUAUUUCGAAAUUUCUUUCACUUUGUUUAGAUUCCUCUAGACAUUUUACCUCCCUUAGCGGAACUGAAGAAGGCCAAAGAAAAACAAAACCGUGGUAAGAAGAUAUAAAACAAAAAUGCAUAUAUCUGUUUAAUUUUCCUAACGAACCGAUCUAUCAUUUUACCGCGUGGCCAGAUGCUUUGGUGUCGGUCACAGAAUUUUUCGGAAUUCGUGUCGUACGUGGUUGGAUGGCUUGUAGGGUGUUCGAACUUGGGAGGGGCUUAUUAGCUACAUCGCGAUGAUGUCCAUCAGUUGCUCGACAACAAAACCACGACAAUGAAUUGAACUUUGACCCUCUUCCCUAAGCUUUGCGAAGUUUAAGAUGUUUCUACUGCUUUAAUAUGAGUCACUACGGAUUUGUUGAUCCUAGUUCAAAUUUCAAAUCCUUUGAAAAUUGUUUUCAACCGAUGGCCCGAAUUGAGGUCGGUUUCCGUGAGCGGAGCAAUUCUAAAUACUAAAGGUUUUGGUGGACAUGCAAGUCGCCGCCCCUCGUCAGCCGGCUUGGGACUUGGGUCGCAUCCCGGAUAAGUCAUUAUUAUUAUCAUUAACAUUCUUUCUUUAAUGCCUACUAUUUGUUCUUUACCUCAGCUUUUGCAAGGUUCCUCGACACAUAUUUCAAGUAGCAUAUUAUAUAUUUCGUUAAUUAAAUUUACUAGACUUCUAUUUAUAAUCAUUGCUCUCACCGCUAAGUUAUUUGCUUUUCCGGUUUGGCGACCAUUCUUUGACAAGAAUAAAAGCGUGUCUCUCCGCUGGGAAAUAAAACUAUUAAUAUUUUCUUUCAAAUUCUAAGAACAAAUAAAUAUUGGUUUUCAAUGACCGGCCCGUCAUGUGUUUGCAAACCAAUAACUGCGGCAUACUUUUCUUUCGGGGUAGGCGUGGCCUUUACAAGGGCUAACGUAAACGUGGAUAAACAAGGCUUUUAGACAAAUAUCAAUGCGUUCACAUGAAAUUUCUUUCUCGAGUACUUGUGACAAAGGAUUAAUAGUGAGUCUCUUGAGAUUUUAUAUUACAUAACCUCUAAUGCAUAUUCAAUUCGCGCGUAAAAAGGAUUAGGCGCAUAUUGUGUCUUACAUCGAAAGAAAAAUCCCGAGAAAGAGAGAAUAAAAACAUUAAUUUUUGUAUGAAAUACUUGAGAUCAAAAAACGCCGCGUUACUUGUAGCUCUGAAUUUACCGCAUUUUUACAUGUGUAAGACCAAAAUUAUUUUCCCCUCUAAAGAGAUCUUUUUCAAGACCAUUUAUAAGAAUAAAACAGAAAUUUAUGUAUUUCAUUUUUAUUGUUAAAGAUUUUGGAAAGGUAUUUGUGGAAGCGUUGAAAACUGAACCGGACGAUUUAAAAGUGAAGGAACUUUUUGGAGAACACAUCAGGAAGUCACAUGAAAGCUGUAGUGAGAAGAAACUUGAGUUCGUUAAAGCAGCUCAUAAAUCAGGUAAAUACGUUAAUAAAAACCCUUUUAAUUCAAGAAAAAAGAGAAGGAAAAUGAGUGCAAUUUGGUAAUAUUUAUAAAUAGCUUACAAAAAAAAAACAUUCGGAAUCGGAGCGAGCCAUUUGGCUAAUAAAAGAGUGGGCGGAGUAUUCAUCACACGAGUUUUUUAAUAAGUUAUUAUUUACUCGCAAUAGCGACUGGACAAGUC